AUGUACGCGACUCGAGUUCUCCGACAGGCUGCUGUCCAAGCCCAGCGCACCCCUUCCAUCCGCUUCCUGGGGCCUCGCACCAUUCCCUCCUCCAUCGACCACACUCCCAAGCCUCACCCAGCCUCCCCCGACGGCAAGCUCCCCGCGUCCUUCGUCUCCAACUCUCCCUCCCGCCACUCCUCCUUCAGCUCCUACCGCGACCAUGCCCAGCAGCACGGUCCUCUCCAGAAGAGCAUUCGCUACUCUGAGGCCAACGGCGUCGGUGGUACCUCUGGGUCUGCCCUGGGCUCCGUAGCCGCACCCGCCGGCAUGUACUUCGACACCUCCGAGCUCCCCGCCCGCUUCCGCCGGGCACCCAUCGAGCUCGAGGAGAUCGAGGCCGUCGAGUCUGGCGGUGCCGCCCUCUUCGGCUAA